CGAACUUGAUACUGAGCAGCCUUUUAUCAUUGAGCUCGACAAUGAAGAGUACAGCACACAGACAAUCAGUGGUGUCCUGUCCUUGCAACUUUCCCGUGCAGAAUCAUUCAAGACUGCCACGGUUGCUAUUCAUGGCCACAUCGGGGCUAUGCUAAACAUCGAUACACCUGCACAAGGGCUUAUUCGUGAGACAUUAAUCUCCUCAGAGGUUGAUUUGGUCGCUGCAAACGACACAGAUGGCCGUGGAGUGAUCCGGUUAGAGGAAGGCCAACAAUAUAUCCCUUUCCGAAUUGAUAUUCCUCAACCUGGAAAACUACCACCGACAUUAAUCAACAAACUGGAUACGCCUUAUAUCGACUGGAAAUAUGAGAUCCAUGCCACAUUACGCCGCGAUUAUUUCUUCUCAUCGACUCGUGUUGUCAAACAUGAUUUGAUCUUACGUCGGCCGAUUGAACCAGCCUGUGAUAGCAAUCUGACCACAUCCAUGGAUCGUCCUGGACAGUAUCGCAGUAAAUUGACUGUUCCUGGUAGAAUUGUCUUGGGACAGGAUCGAUUGUUGGCAAAGGCUGAGAUGAAGGCAAGAAACAAGGAGUUCAUGAUCAAGGACGUCGACUGUGCGGUCGUGCAGAUUGAAGAUAUUGACUAUGUUACAAGGAGAGGUCAUGAAGUCGAGAAUGCGAACGUACCUGGUGCUCAUUGCACAGUCAAGUCAUCCCGUCUAGUUUCAUCCAUUGUUUGUGUAGCAAAUGAAGAGAAUGAUAUGGAUUUCGGUCGCUUUUCGCCUAUUGAAUUUGAUCUCCGGCUCGAUAAUGACCAAUUGAUCCCAACAGAACAUGGUCUAGGAUGGCUCAACAUUUCACAUGUACUUCGUUUCACUCUCAACUUCAUGGAUGUCAACCAGCCAGCCCUCAUCACAGAAGUUCCUUUGUUUGUAGGCAACGAAGUCAUCUCCAAGACUUGCUGUCCUGCAAUCAGACCUCAAGACUCAUCUGCACGAUUGAUUAGUUCCUUGAAAAUUGAUGGGGCAGAAGAUCAUCACUUGCAUGGAUCCAAGGAAUCAACGCCAGAGCCUGAGGAUUAAAAAAAAAAUGGAUAGUGUCAUUUUUUUUUUCCUAGUGUGUUUUCACAUUUAAAAGUUACCCAUUUCACCUUAAUAAAAAGUCU